GCAGAAAAUAAAUAAAUAAAAAUAAAUAAACAGUGUGAGCACCAGUGUGGAGCCCGUCAGCGAGCACACUGAGUGAGGGCGACGUCCGCCCGGAGGUCGUCGGUAACUGUCACCUGUGGGCGACGUGGCGCUUCUCUCCACGUCUCCAGUGUGAUAACAGCCAGCACCCAAGAUGGUGGGGAUGAGCCUAAAGUCUAUGCUGAGCUUUGCCAUUGUGGCAAGUGUGACGACUCUCAGCUUUGCCCAAACUGACAAGUGUCGCCUCUCGCCAGUCACCUAUGAGUGCUCAACUCAUCCAGUUCUUGUUGUUAACUUUGAUAAGGUGAACCUAAGUAAGUGUGGAAGCUUCUAUGACAAGUCGCUGUUCCUCAAGCUAAAAGAUGUUGCUUAUACUUCUGCUGAUGCAACAAAGAAUUACACUGUGGCAAUGAUAGACCCUGAUGCCCCACGACAUGAGAAGGGCCAAGCUUACCUCCACUGGCUGCGCACUGGUGUCCAGGGAAGUGAUCUGGUGAACAGGGUGCUAACAACUGGACACACUGUGACGGAUUAUGCUCCGCCCACACCUCCAAAUGGUACUGGCGUCCACAGGUACCUGUUUUACCUCUAUCAAGAAACUGAAAACACAAAUGCCACGGUUGAAUCCAUCACCAAGCGGGGCAAGUUUGAUCUCGAUGAAUAUGCCAAACAACACGCUCUCUGUGGACCAAUUGCUGUCAACAUGUUUUCUACUCAGUAUUGAGAAACACCAAUGUACUGGUAUUGCUGUCCAAUUACAGACACCAGGGCAUGAGGUCUAGCACAUGGUUACUGAAAAUGGCACUCACUUAGGAGCUUCAUUGUGAUAAAACUUAUAAUUAUGAAUGCACUGUUUAACAUUAUACUUACCCUGAUACACUCUUCCUUUGCCUAGAGUAUGGAUUUAUUACAAAUAUUUUGGUUUAGUGUAUGUUGUAUUUUUUGUUUAAUGUAAUGCCAUCCAUUUUUAACUUGCACCAUAAAAUGUUUUCUGGUUAUAUAUUGGUCCAAUACUGUAGUUGGGUCAUAGUAGUAGAUUUCAUGGUUUUACGUUGAUUUUUGCUAGUAUAAAUUUAGUUAGAGGAACAAAUAUUGAAUCUUGGUUUAAAUAAUAAUUUUUGUUUUGAGGAUGUUUGAUACAGUAGUUGUUUAAAGCAAGUCUUCAUAGCAAAUCAUCAUUGUCAUUUUGAUAAUGAUGACAAAAAUAGCUUUAUUUAUGAAGAUACAUUGGGUUAUAGCUUAAAUGUGUGUUUAUUGAGCAGAAUUACAAAGUGUGCUAAAAUGAGUGCAGUUCUGAUUACUGAAGUAAUGCAGGAUGGGGCUGAACAUUGCUAAUGAAAUGUAAGAAUCUCAUCACUACCCAAUUCUGUAGUUGACUAAUGUAAGCUCUUAUCCCAUUUUGAGCAGGCUCUAGGUAAAGUUGCAUUGACCCAAUGUGUCGAUGCAUACUACUUGGCAACAAUAAUUAUGGACAGACUUGUACAUAGCAUGUACACCUGGUUCCUCUUACAACAUAACAAGUGUAGUAAUGAAUCUGUUCUUGUGGGAAGGUUAUUUUUCAUUAUCUGAAAGUCGUGCUUUUUGUUACUGUGUUGCCAUGUAACGGUAAACGUGCUCAUGCCUAUUUAAUGGAUCGGCAUGCAACUUGUUGGUAAACACUGCCAUAGAGCCAGUUGGGCAAUUAAUACGUUAAGAGGGGAAACUUUGUAUUAACCAAGAACUAUUAAUCAUAGUUGUACUUUGUAUGUCAUGCAUAGGAUUGUUUAGGUUGUACAUUACUGAUUUUUGAGAUGCAUCUUUUAUUUUAAUUCAGCUUUACUGGUACUGUGUUACUCUUUUGAUUACUCUGAUACCUGUAAAUUAAAUUCUUGGAUUAAUAAAAUUGAUAACGUU